AUGAACGUCACGCGCCCUGCGCUAUCGCUGCGCGCGCCUUGCCCCAUCGACGCGUGCGCCCUGACUCGUCGUUGCGCGCGUCCUGCUUUCGCCGUCGUGCCACCUGCCCCAUGCCCCCUCUUCUCCUCCCGGGCGCCCACGCACUUCUUUGUGGUGCGCCUUCCCAGACUCUCGCGCCCCACACUAACCCUAUCCGCCCACAGCAUUUGCCUCUCCACUCUCCUCCACCUCUCUUCUCUCCUCCUGCUCCUUCUUACAUCUCCUCCUCACCUCCUGCUUCCCCUCUGCAUCUGCUUCAGCUGGCUGCCACCUCGUACCCAUGCUCAUCCGUUGUCCCCGCAAUCCACCCCUUCACCUCCCUCCUCCUCUCCUCUCUCUCUGUUUCCCAGCACUAUCUCACCUCUUCCUCCUCCUCCUUUCUCUCCUCAUAUGCUACGGCUAGUAGCUAAUUGUGGCCCGCCCUGCCCUUCCGUCAAGUCCCCGCCCUUCUCACAAUCCUCCCCUUCACCAUCCUCCGCCUCUCCUCUCUCCCUCCAGUUUCCCCUCCACUAUCUCACCCCUUCCUCCACCUCUUUCCUCUCCUCAUCUGCUGCAGCUGGCAGCUGA